AUGUGCGAUCAUUAUAACUAUUCCCCUUUUGCUAAAGGGGGCGGGAGUUCGUUACAAGGAAAAUUUACCGCAGAGGUCGUUGAUGAGAAAACGGUAGUGGUAAUUUUAGAUGCAGGCUUUGUUAUAGGAGCAGCAGUGGUGGUUGGAGGAACUGAAGGUCCAGAGGUGGUUGGAGGGAAUGAAGGUCCAGAGGUAGUUGGAGGGAAUGAAGGUCCAGAGGUGGUUGGAGGGAAUGAAGGUCCAGAGGUGGUUGGAGGGAAUGAAGGUCCAGAGGUGGUUGGAGGGAAUGACGGUCCAGAGGUGGUUGGAGGAACUGAAGGUCCAGAGGUGGUUGGAGGAACUGAAGGUCCAGAGGUGGUUGGAGGGAAUGAAGGUCCAGAGGUGGUUGGAGGAACUGAAGGUCCAGAAGUAGUUGGAGGAACUGAAGGUCCAGAUGUGGUUGGAGGAGCUGAAGGUCCAGAUGUGGUUGGAGGAACUGAAGGUCCAGAUGUGGUUGGAGGAACUGGAGGUCCAGAUGUGGUUGGAGGAACUGUAGGUCCAGAUGUGGUUGGAGGAACUGAAGGUCCAGAUGUGGUUGGAGGAACUGAAGGUCCAGAUGUGGUUGGAGGAACUGAAGGUCCAGAUGUGGUUGGAGGAACUGAAGGUCCAGAUGUGGUUGGAGGAACUGAAGGCCCAGAUGUAGUUGGAGGAACUGAAGGUCCAGAUGUGGUUGGAGGAACUGUAGGUCCAGAUGUGGUUGGAGGAACUGAAGGUCCAGAUGUGGUUGGAGGAACUGAAGGUCCAGAUGUGGUUGGAGGAACAGAAGGUCCAGAAGUGGUUGGAGGAACAGAAGGUCCAGAAGUGGUUGGCGGAACUGAUGGUCCAGACGUGGUUGGAGGAACUGAAGGUCCAGAGGUGGUUGGAGGAACUGACGGUCCAGAUGUGGUUGGAGGAACUGAAGGUCCAGAAGUUGUCGGAGGAACUGAAGGUCCAGAUGUAGUUGGGACAGAGGUGGUAGGUCCAGAUGUGACUGGUCCUGAUGUAGUGGGCCCGGGUGUAGGUCCAGAUGUAGGUCCGGGUGUAGGUCCAGAUGUAGGUCCGGGUGUAGGUCCAGAUGUGGUUGGUCCAGAUGUAGGUCCGGGCGUAGGUGCAGAUGUGGGUCCUGAUGUGACUGGUCCUGAUGUAGUGGGUCCUGAUGUGGUUGGUCCAGAUGUAGGUCCGGGCGUAGGUCGAGAUGUGACUGGUCCUGAUGUAGUGGGUCUUGAUGUGGUUGGUCCAGAUGUAGGUCCGGGUGUAGGUCCAGAUGUAGGUCCGGGUGUUGGUCCAGAUGUGGUUGGUCCAGAUGUAGGUCCGGGCGUAGGUCCAGAUGUGACUGGUCCUGAUGUAGUAGGUCCUGAUGUGGUUGGUCCAGAUGUAGGUCCGGGUGUAGGUCCAGAUGUGGGUCCUGAUGUGACUGGUCCUGAUGUAGUGGGUCCUGAUGUGGUUGGUCCAGAUGUAGAUCCGGGUGUAGGUCCGGGUGUGGUUGGUCCAGAUGUAGGUCCGGGCGUAGGUCCAGAUGUGGUUCCUGAUGUGACUGGUCCUGAUGUAGUGGGCCCUGAUGUGGUUGGUCCAGAUGUAGGUCCGGGCGUAGGUCCAGAUGUGGGUCCUGAUGUGACUGGUCCUGAUGUAGUGGGUCCUGAUGUGGUUGGUCCAGAUGUAGGUCCGGGUGUAGGUCCAGAUGUAGGUCCGGGUGUAGGUCCAGAUGUAGGUCCGGGUGUAGGUCCAGAUGUAGGUCCGGGUGUAGGUCCAGAUGUAGGUCCGGGUGUAGGUCCAGAUGUAGGUCCGGGUGUAGGUCCAGAUGUGGGUCCUGAUGUGACUGGUCCGGAUGUAGUGGGUCCUGAUGUGGUUGGUCCAGAUGUAGGUCCGGGUGUAGGUCCAGAUGUGGGUCCUGAUGUAGUGGGUCCUGAUGAGGUUGGUCCUGAUGUAGGUCCGGGCGUAGGUCCAGAUGUAGGUCCGGGUGUUGGUCCAGAUGUAGGUCCGGGCGUAGGUCCAGAUGUGACUGGUCCUGAUGUAGUAGGUCCUGAUGUGGUUGGUCCAGAUGUAGGUCCGGGUGUAGGUCCAGAUGUGGGUCCUGAUGUGACUGGUCCUGAUGUAGUGGGUCCUGAUGUGGUUGGUCCAGAUGUAGAUCCGGGUGUAGGUCCGGGUGUGGUUGGUCCAGAUGUAGGCCCGGGCGUAGGUCCAGAUGUGGGUCCUGAUGUGACUGGUCCUGAUGUAGUGGGUCCUGAUGUGGUUGGUCCAGAUGUAGGUCCGGGCGUAGGUCCAGAUGUGGGUCCUGAUGUGACUGGUCCUGAUGUGGUUGGUCCAGACGUAGGUCCGGGCGUAGGUCCAGAUGUGGGUCCUGAUGUGACUGGUCCUGAUGUAGUGGGUCCUGAUGUGGUUGGUCCAGAUGUAGGUCCGGGCGUAGGUCCAUAUGUGGGUCCUGAUGUGGUUGGUCCAGAUGUAGGUCCGGGUGUAGGUCCAGAUGUAGGUCCAGAUGUAGGUCCGGGUGUAGGUCCAGAUGUGGGUCCUGAUGUGACUGGUCCCGAUGUAGUGGGUCCUGAUGUGGUUGGUCCAGACGUAGGUCCUGAUGUAGGUCCGGGUGUAGGUCCAGAUGUAGGUCCAGAUGUAGGUCCAGAUGUAGGUCCAGAUGUAGGUCCGGGUGUAGGUCCAGAUGUGGGUCCUGAUGUGACUGGUCCCGAUGUAGUGGGUCCUGAUGUGGUUGGUCCAGACGUAGGUCCUGAUGUAGGUCCGGGUGUAGGUCCAGAUGUAGGUCCAGAUGUAGGUCCGGGUGUAGGUCCAGAUGUAGGUCCGGGUGUAGGUCCAGAUGUAGGUCCAGAUGUAGGUUCGGGUGUAGGUCCAGAUGUAGGUCCGGGUGUAGGUCCAGAUGUGGGUCCAGAUGUAGGUCCGGGUGUAGGUCCAGAUGUAGGUCCGGGUGUAGGUCCAGAUGUGGGUCCAGAUGUAGGUCCGGGUGUAGGUCCAGAUGUGGUUGGUCCAGAUGUGGGUCCGGGUGUAGGUCCAGAUGUGGGUCCUGAUGUGACUGGUCCUGAUGUGGUUGGUCCAGACGUAGGUCCGGGCGUAGGUCCAGAUGUGGGUCCUGAUGUGACUGGUCCUGAUGUAGUGGGUCCUGAUGUGGUUGGUCCAGAUGUAGGUCCGGGCGUAGGUCCAGAUGUGGGUCCUGAUGUGGUUGGUCCAGAUGUAGGUCCGGGUGUAGGUCCAGAUGUGGGUCCAGAUGUAGGUCCGGGUGUAGGUCCAGAUGUAGGUCCAGAUGUAGGUCCGGGUGUAGGUCCAGAUGUGGGUCCUGAUGUGACUGGUCCCGAUGUAGUGGGUCCUGAUGUGGUUGGUCCAGACGUAGGUCCGGGUGUAGGUCCUGAUGUAGGUCCGGGUGUAGGUCCAGAUGUAGGUCCGGGUGUAGGUCCAGAUGUAGGUCCGGGUGUAGGUCCAGAUGUAGGUCCGGGUGUAGGUCCAGAUGUAGGUCCGGGUGUAGGUCCAGAUGUGGGUCCAGAUGUAGGUCCGGGUGUAGGUCCAGAUGUAGGUCCGGGUGUAGGUCCAGAUGUGGGUCCAGAUGUAGGUCCGGGUGUAGGUCCAGAUGUGGUUGGUCCAGAUGUGGGUCCUGAUGUGACUGGUCCGGAUGUAGUGGGACCUGAUGUGGUUGGUCCAGAUGUAGGUCCGGGUGUAGGUCCAGAUGUGGUUGGUCCAGAUGUAGGUCCGGGUGUAGGUCCAGAUGUGGGUCCUGAUGUGACUGGUCCGGAUGUAGUGGGUCCUGAUGUGGUUGGUCCAGAUGUAGGUCCGGGUGUAGGUCCAGAUGUGGGUCCUGAUGUGACUGGUCCUGAUGUGGUUGGUCCAGAUGUAGGUCCGGGUGUAGGUCCAGAUGUGGGUCCUGAUGUGACUGGUCCUGAUGUAGUGGGUCCUGAUGUGGUUGGUCCAGAUGUAGGUCCGGUUGUAGGUCCAGAUGUGGGUCCAGAUGUAGGUCCGGGUGUAGGUCUAGAUGUGGUUGGUCCAGAUGUAGGUCCGGGUGUAGGUCCAGAUGUGGGUCCUGAUGUGACUGGUCCUGAUGUAGUGGGUCCUGAUGUGGUUGGUCCAGAUGUCGGUCCGGGUGUAGGUCCAGAUGUAGGUCCGGGUGUAGGUCCAGAUGUGGUUGGUCCAGAUGUAGGUCCGGGUGUAGGUCCAGAUGUGACUGGUCCUGAUGUAGUUGGUCCUGAUGUGGUUGGUCCAGAUGUAGGUCCGGGUGUAGGUCCAGAUGUAGGUCCGGGUGUAGGUCCAGAUGUGGUCGCUCCAGAUGUAGGUCCGGGUGUAGGUCCAGAUGUGGGUCCUGAUGUGACUGGUCCGGAUGUAGUGGGUCCUGAUGUGGUUGGUCCAGAUGUAGGUCCAGAUGUGACUGGUCCUGAUGUAGUGGGUCCUGAUGUGGUUGGAGCAGAUGUAGGUCCAGGCGUAGGUCCUGAUGUGACUGGUCCUGAUGUAGUGGGUCCUGAUGUGGUUGGUCCAGAUGUAGGUCCGGGUGUAGGUCCAGAUGUGGUUGGUCCAGAUGUAGGUCCGGGCGUAGGUCCAGAUGUGACUGGUCCUGAUGUAGUGGUUCCUGAUGUGGUUGGUCCAGAUGUAGGUCCAGAUGUGACUGGUCCUGAUGUGGUUGGUCCAGAUGUACGUCCGGGUGUAGGUCCUGGUGUAGGUCCAGAUGUGGUUGGUCCAGAUGUAGGUCCGGGCGUAGGUCCAGAUGUGGGUCCUGAUGUGACUGGUCUUGAUGUAGUGGGUCCUGAUGUGGUUGGUCCAGAUGUAGGUCCGGGCGUAGGUCCAGAUGUGGGUCCUGAUGUGACUGGUCCUGAUGUAGUGGGUCCUGAUGUGGUUGGUCCAGAUGUAGGUCCAGAUGUAGGUCCGGGUGUAGGUCCAGAUGUAGGUCCGGGUGUAGGUCCAGAUGUAGGUCCGGGUGUAGGUCCAGAUGUGGGUCCAGAUGUAGGUCCGGGUGUAGGUCCAGAUGUGGGUCCUGAUGUGACUGGUCCUGAAGUAGUGGGUCCUGAUGUGGUUGGUCCAGAUGUAGGUCCGGGCGUAGGUCCAGAUGUGGGUCCUGAUGUGACUGGUCCUGAUGUGGUUGGUCCAGAUGUAGGUCCGGGUGUAGGUCCAGAUGUAGGUCCGGGUGUAGGUCCAGAUGUGGGUCCAGAUGUAGGUCCGGGUGUAGGUCCAGAUGUGGGUCCUGAUGUGACUGGUCCUGAAGUAGUGGGUCCUGAUGUGGUUGGUCCAGAUGUAGGUCCGGGCGUAGGUCCAGAUGUGGGUCCUGAUGUGACUGGUCCUGAUGUGGUUGGUCCAGAUGUAGGUCCAGAUGUAGGUCCGGGUGUAGGUCCAGAUGUGGGUCCAGAUGUAGGUCCGGGUGUAGGUCCAGAUGUGGUUGGUCCAGAUGUAGGUCCGGGUGUAGGUCCAGAUGUGGGUCCUGACGUGACUGGUCCCGAUGUAGUGGGUCCUGAUGUGGUUGGUCCAGACGUAGGUCCGGGUGUAGGUCCAGAUGUGGGUCCUGAUGUGACUGGUCCUGAUGUAGUUGGUCCUGAUGUGGUUGGUCCAGAUGUAGGUCCGGGUGUAGGUCCAGAUGUAGGUCCAGAUGUAGGUCCGGGUCUAGGUCCAGAUGUGGUUGGUUCAGAUGUAGGUCCGGGUGUAGGUCCAGAUGUGGGUCCUGAUGUAGUGGGUCCUGAUGUAGUGGGUCCUGAUGUGGUUGGUCCAGAUGUAGGUCCGGGUGUAGGUCCAGAUGUAGGUCCGGGUGUAGGUCCAGAUGUAGGUCCGGGUGUAGGUCCAGAUGUGGGUCCAGAUGUAGGUCCGGGUGUAGGUCCAGAUGUGGGUCCUGAUGUGACUGGUCCUGAAGUAGUGGGUCCUGAUGUGGUUGGUCCAGAUGUAGGUCCGGGCGUAGGUCCAGAUGUGGGUCCUGAUGUGACUGGUCCUGAUGUGGUUGGUCCAGAUGUAGGUCCGGGUGUAGGUCCAGAUGUAGGUCCGGGUGUAGGUCCAGAUGUGGGUCCAGAUGUAGGUCCGGGUGUAGGUCCAGAUGUG